UGCUUUCAUGAGCAUUGGAGAGAUCUUACAGUAAUAAAUGCCUUUGAUUGACCUCUGCAAAGCUUCACACUUCCUUUUUCUAACUACCAUUUCCUCCUUUUGUGCAUCUUCUCUCGUGUCCUCUCCAUCUUAAACCACUACUACUUUAUCACUACACUACAACACUGCAACACUCUCUCUAAUGGAACAAACCUUCCUCUUUCUCUUUCCCCCCACACAUUAGCAACCUACGACCACUCUGCUUCACAAUUCCAAAAUGGGUUGCUGCGUCAGUAGUACCAACAGAUCUCAUUCUUCACCCUCAAGCAAGCCUUUUGACCGACCAAGAUCUACCGCGAAAGGUUCAGAAAACAGAGCACCGCCACCGGAGGAAGAAACGGUGAAGGAAGUGUUGUCUGAAACACCCAAAUGGAAGCCAAAAUUCGAAGCGGAGAAGCCAACAGAGAGCGAUGCUGAGAACGAGAAGGAGAAGCUGUUCGUCAAACCCGAUGAGAUCUCUGAGGUUUCUGAAGUUUGCAGUGUAAGUGAGAGCCUGUCCACACUCGCCGAAGAAGAAGCACGUCAAAGGGUCAACAGAUCUCCGGCAAAGGUGCGCAAAGCACGCUCCUUUUCCGGCGAGUUCGGCUGCCGGAGGGAAAUGACGGCGGGGAAGUCUCCGGCGAGGAGGCCGGAGCAGUCUCCGGGAAGAAGGAAUAUUGGGUCGGUGAGAGUUGUUCAAAUGGCCAAUGGUGGAACCGGGAGCCAGCCUCGCCGGCGAGACUCCGGCGAGAAUUCCGGCCGCCGAUCCAGGUCGCCGGGCACCCGCACCGACAGCGUGUCAACUAGAUCCAUCGUGGGUCGGAGCCCGUCGAAGAGGAGGACGCCUAUGAAUCAAUCACCAGCUCGGGUCAGAAGCUGCGCGGCGGAGAGCGGUGGCCGGAAAAUGGAGAAUUCGAGCAUGGAGGGUAAAUGGCCUUCAUCAGCUAAUGAGUCACUAGAAAACCCACUUGUGUCGUUGGAAUGCUUCAUAUUUCUCUAGAGUAGGUGAAAUUAGGGUUAAAGUUAAAGUAGUUAUUACUACUUGUCAGAGGUAUUAUUAGUAACUCGUAGUAUUAAUUUCUGUACUUUCUUUGUUUAAUUAAGUAGUGUCUGAUGACUGAUGGUAAGCACUAAGCACUUGAAUUGGGUGUAAAUAGUUGAAGUCAAUGGUCAAUUGAAUUGUAGGAGUCAGUUAUUAUUGGAGGGAAAGGGUGGUUGGACCCUACUUCUACUUGCAUUGCAACAUGGCCUUUUGGAUAGUUGAAUACGUAAAUGGUUAAAAGAAAAAAUUGACCUCUGUUUUACCUGCA